AUGUUUGAAGAUGCUUAUCUGGCAAGGAUGACAUUGACUAGUAGUUUGCAUAAAGAAUGGGAUGGUCCAUGGUCUGAAGGAGGUAAAGAAUCUGUACACAAGUGCAAGAAGCCGCGUGAAGUUGUGUUCGAGAGGGGUUUGUUCGUUCCGGCAUUCGGGGAUUCGGAGACUUCCACCAAAUCUUCAUCACCGGAUACCGGCAAGAAGAACGGAAUUGAUCAAGAGACAUUAGGUAGUAAAGAAACAAAUUUCGAUAUCCAAGGUUUCCAAAUGAGAUGUGCAAACGGUAUCAGUAUGUAG